AUGGCGCCCCCCAGAUGGACAAGUGCAGAGCAGUUACUCUGGCUGCAGAAUGAGAUGCCCGGAUACUUGCAGAUGCAAAAAGAAAAGAAAUUGCCUCGAUUCUUCGAUUCAUUGUUCCCAAGGUGGUUUAGCGACUUUCCAGAAGAGACAGAACUAAAUGGCAGCCCACCUUGUGAUGAGAACGCUGGCAUAAAUGAGCCCAGCAGUGCAGGCAUCGAGUCCGUUAUCGACACAGCCCAGCUCGAUUCUAUAAACGCACCCGAUUUAGUCGAACAAGAAGACAGCCAGUCCAACUCACCUCCAAUGGGAGCGGCAGAACGACGCAAAAAAUUGCGGGAAUGGUUCCGAAAUAACUCAAAGGGAAAGACAACACCUGGUGGCAGCUCAACUGGUAGAGCCCUGUCUGUACUACUUGGCCAGCGCGCACGAGGUACUCGAGACCUCAAAGAGAUUGAAGUGUAUUCCAAACUGCACUAUGAGUCAAAAGUCAAACCGUUGGUUGAAGACGCUCUUAAAAAUAAUAUUGUGCAACCUACCCAAAGGCUUAGUACGGUUCGGCUACACACCACUGAAUGCUUUGCAGAAGAGUCAGAAGAAGUUAAGAAAGAAAUUCGGGAGGAGACUGUACGUCUCAAUGCUUCCAGAAGAUUGGGCAAUGUUGAGGGUCAGCAUCCGAGAACAAAGGAAGAAGUUUAUCGGACAAUUCAAGAGCUGCCUUUGAUUCUAGGUCAAGUUUUCGAGGAACUCUCAGCAUUGACAGGUGGAUGGCACUACACCGUUGUCAUGGGCGGAGCUGAUCCGUUGUGUGAAGGUGACAUCAUGACGUUGAGUUACCACCAUGGUAAAACCGCAGAUGGUCUGAGCUUCAAGGCGUCUACCCCAAACUUCCAUGAACAGUAUCUAUUACCAUUUGAACGACACCUUGGAUACAUCCAUGGUCCAUCUUCGAAGUGUAUAUCAGCACCCUCAUCUACCCCGACCUCGUCUCAUCUUGCGCCCGUUGGCCUCAUCUCACUGGACGAAUUUCCAAACGAGUCCUCACUUGGAGAGAAUGUGAUAUCCGGGCCUGUGGUUGGUCCUUCUCUGUUGCAAGAACCGGGGGACUUAGUGUUGAAUCCUUACAUCAACCUGGACUUCGGUGGGUCUGUGGGAGCGAACGAACAUGGUGACUGGUUGAUGCACGCUAGUAGCAGUGACCCAAACCUCCCAUCUCCCCAUAACAUGACAGACACACCAAUCACUGCUUGGAGAAAGUCAAUGGCGCUCAACGAAGACCCGCUCGCAUCCCCCACCUUUAAUCGCAUUCAACAACGAGGUUUGAGCGCAGUGGGUCCAUCAGCCGAAGCAGUCCCUCCUUUCCUACCUCAUCCAUUGUCACCGCUUCAUACCACCCUCUUGCCCCAGCCUUCUUCGUUCUUUGUGUUUCCUGCACUCGAGGAGGUCGAUGCGCUGCCCACGCUCCAACACCAUGAUCCAUUAGCGUUUAACCAGCCCAUGUUGAAUUCAGGGCCACGCUCACCUCCAGACCAACCGAUUCCGUUACCUUUGUCCCCGCUUGUAUCCACAGCCUCCAAGUCACCGCAUUCCAAGUCUGUUGAACAUCAACCUUCGCCGGCGUCUCACCAGCCAACUCAUCAACCUAAUUCGGAGGCGAUGACAGUGUCUGUUGACUGUCAAUCUUCGCCAGCUUCUCACCGGCCGACGCCUCACGACAUUGUAGGUGUUUCUGCUGAUGAUCAUCCUCAACCCAAUUUGGAGGUGAGGACAGUGUCUUCAUUACCUACCGCUGCCUCUGGCAGACGCUCAGGAUGCGCACCACAUCCUUCUACGCGAGCUGAUGGAGCCAAUAAAAUUGGUGGCCAUAACUCACAACGUGAAACAAAGCUCGCACCAAAGAGGAAGCUGACUGAAGUCCAGCGUGGUGUUGGAGGGUCGAAGAAAAGCGCCGUCCUGUUAGUGCAGCCCCUCGAGAGGAUGUAUCCUACUGAGGGCAUUAAGGCUGCAUUUCUAGCCUUCGUCAAAGACGCUCUUGCAUUUGAGUCGACACUGCCCCAAGACUCAGAUACUGAGGAGGCAGAAGAUUCAUCAUCAGACUCGCAUGAUGGCUCUCAGCCAUUUCCAUUGACUCAACUUGCUCAGUCCAAUAGCCUCAAAACGGCGUCGUUUCGUAGCAGUCCACUCGGAGUGCCAGCUGGUACUGCCAUUCAAUUCCUAAAGUCGAAGAGUGCAUUAUCGUCCCCACCUGAAUUCGUGUCAGUCAGCGAGGCGGAUGUCUUGUGUCGCAGUCGAUCACACGUUGAUGACCCUUUUGCACCGGAGCAGAUCAAUCCCUGGGAUUCUCGCUAUUCCAUGAAGCCCACUAACCUCCAGCUCAUGUUAGGAGGGUCGGUUACCAUUUCGCAAACAAUGUUUGACAAGUGA